AUCACUCUCUAUAUCAUACUAAACGUUUAUUUAAAGGUGAACAAACCCUGUAACCGUGACUUCAUUUUGCCUGAUUGUGUCCAUUUGUCCCUUUAGGUGUCGACGAUGGAGGAGAUAACGAUCAAGACAUCUCUCCUGACGCUGUACGUCGUCCUGGAGGACUUCAGGGAGGAAGACACCGACUUUAAGGCCCUUGCCUCUUAUUACGAACAUCACUACCGGGUCCACUUCGGCAAGAACGUCGUCCUAGAGGACUUUCUUCUUCUCUAUUACAUCGACCCGAGGACGACGCACAGAGACAACAUUUACGAGUACUGGGUGAUGAUCGAUUAUCUGGAAGUGCUCGAGAGGGAGUGUGUCGCCCUCUACAGUGAGGAGUUGCUGCCUCCUGAAGCAUCAUCGGAACACCGGAGAUGGGGGCAGCAUUUCGAGUAUCUGCGGCUGCAGAAUACUAUCCAAUGGCACCUUCACCAGCUUGCCAUGACGCUCUGGGAGAGGGAGCAGAAGCUGCAGGAGGCUGCUGGUGAGGAACAAAAGGCAAGUCCUGCAGCUGAGGGAGAGGAGGAAGGAGCUCCUGCAGCAGAGGAGGAGAAGGAAGAGGGAGCUCCUGGAGUACAACAAGCUCCUGCAGCAGAGGAGGAAGAGCAGAGAGAAGAGGGAGCUCCUGGAGAACAAGCUCCUGCUGCGGAGGAGAGAGAGGACAGAGCAACUGGAGAAGAACAAGCUCCUACGGAGGAGGAGGAGAGAGAAGAGGGAGACCCUUGGGAACAACAGGCUCCUGCACCGGAGGAGGAGAAAGAAGAGGAAGCAGCUAAAGAACAAGCUCCUGAGGUGGAAGAGACCAUCGAAGUUCCUCCGGUGGUAGAAAGGCCGACCCUCCGAAAACGGGUCAAGAAGGCCAUAAUGAAGAGGCUCCGCAGGGUUUGGGUAAUGUAUCAAUUUACUGACAAUUACCCUUCUUCUAGAGAUACCUCAUGUUGUCCAAUGCAGCUCCACUUUACUUCCUGCUCUUCUGAGCAUUUUCAAUCAGAACAAUAGAAAGGAAGUCAUACACCCUGUCUGUUGAGCCCGCAGGC